AUGGAUUAUCAUAGGAAUAAUAAUGAAUUUUUUGCGGCUCUUGUACGUAAAUUUACACAAGAACGACUUCCUGAAAGAAGACCAGCAGAUUACAAGCGUAUAGAACAUCUAUAUACAAAGAGUCGCCUCCCAGGUCGCAUUGAUUUUACUGACAAUCAUUUUACUGACAAUUAUCUCACCGACAGACGUAUUUUGCCGAAAAUCAUCUCACCUACAAGGGAAUUUAUGAUUAAAGUUAGGGUUAGGUAA